AUGGCCAUUACCGCCUGGAAAUCCCUGGCCAAUACGAAGCGCCAGUCAACGCUUGAUGCCAUCCCUGAAAAGUGGAGGAUUCAGGAACCGAUUCCCUCUGCCUCGGAGCUUCGCGACGUGACAGGACCAUAUAUCCAGAAGUUCCUGAACCCCCGGGAAAUCGAGAUCACCGAGCUUGAUGCGUACGCCAUUGCCGAGAAAACGACCACUGGAGAAUGGACCGCGGUCGAAGUCACUGAAGCCUUCUGCCACCGUGCCGCUCUUGCUCACCAACUUGUAAACUGUCUGCACGAGAUAUUCUUCGACGCUGCUAUCGAAGACGCAAAACGGCUGGAUGCCUAUUUCGCAGACCACAAGAAGCCUCUUGGCCCGUUGCACGGUCUUCCGAUCAGUCUGAAGGACCAAUUCCACGUCAAAGGCGUUGAAACCACGAUGGGUUAUGUCGGAUGGAUCGGCACCUUCCAGGGCCUGAAAGACGACCCCCGAAGCCGAGUCUUCGAAAGUGAGCUUGUCCGUGAGCUGCGCAACCUUGGAGCAGUUCUAUACUGCAAGACGAGUGUUCCAAGUACGCUCAUGUGUGGAGAAACGGUCAAUAACAUCAUCACGUACACGAACAACCCGAAGAACAGACUUCUCGCCUGCGGAGGUAGUUCCGGUGGUGAAGGGGCACUCAUCGCGCUGAAGGGAUCACCAGGUGGUUUCGGGACGGACAUCGGUGGCAGCGUGCGUAUACCUGCAGUGUUCAACGGGCUGUUUGGAAUCCGGCCGUCGGCGGGACGGAUACCGUACGAGGGUGCUGCAAACUCCAUGGACGGUCAGAAUACUAUUCUUUCUGUUAUCGGACCACUUGCUGGCACGGCGCGCUCUUUGCAAUUGCUCUUCAAGGCAGUCCUCGGGCAGCAGCCGUGGCUUUACGACCCGCUUGUACAUGAAAUACCAUGGAGGGGCGAGAUUGAGCAGGAGACGCGCGCGUUGGUGGAACAGUCUGCGAAGGAUCCGUCGAAGCUCGCCUUUGCCAUAAUGAAGCAUGACGGGAUUGUUAAGCCCCAUCCUCCGAUUGCACGGGCUCUGGACAUGGUCGAGAAGACACUCGAGCAACUCGGACACAAGGUCAUCGAGUGGACUCCCCCAUCGCACAAAACCGGGGUUGAAUUAGCUAAUGCCGCUUACAACUUCGACGGUGGCGCGGACGUCCAAUACCAUUUCGGUAUAUCCGGAGAACAGCCCGCGCCACAACUCCUAGUGGCUAGCGGACUGCCUCAAAAGUCAGCUUCGGAUAUCGCCAGAGUCAACGUUGCGAAGCGCGAGUACCAGAAGCUCUACAUGGAGUACUGGAACUCCACGUCCGAGCUCACCGGUACAGGACGACCGGUCGACGCGGUCAUUUGUCCCGCAGCUCCCCACGCCGCCGUGAUCCCGACUCAGUACACCCAUGUGGGAUAUACGUCGGUCAUCAACGUGCUGGACUACAGCAGUGUGGUCAUUCCAGUUACGACCGUCGACAAGAAUGUCGAUUUGAAUGUCCCGCGAGAGUAUCUGGGCGAAUUGGAUGAGCAAUCGUACAAGAACUAUGAUGCAGAUGUGUAUGAUGGGGCGCCGGCUGGGGUCCAAAUGUUUGGACGACGACUGCAGGAGGAGAAGAUGCUUGUCUUGGCGGAGUAUGUUGGUUCAGCAGUGAGCAGUAGAUAA